AUGUCUUCGUCCGAUGAAGAUGUGAUUCAGCGUCCUGCACGAGGCGGCCGCGGCCAAGCCCAAAGCGAUGCUGGAAGUGAACUCGCGAGUCCUGCGCCUGGUUCGGAUGCUGGUAACCUGAAUUUUGACGACGAUGACGCGGACUUAUUCGGAUCAGAUGGUUCCGAUGCAGGCUUUGGUCAAGAGAACGAUCGACUUAAACGGACAUUAGACGAUGCGGAGCUUGAUUCAGCAGAUGACCAGGACCGAUAUGACCGGGCCGGUGACCGCAUGGACUAUGAAGAUGGAGGAGAAGCGUUCCAGGAAACGGUGAACAUCAUGGACUUGAGCUUGGGUCGAGCUCCUGAGCCGAAGACCACCAAUGGCGAGGUUUACACCAUGCCAGUGCCAAAUUUCCUUUCAAUAGAAACUGAAGAAUUCAACCCCGAAACCUACGUCGCACCGCCAUAUUCGACCGCUGCAACCUCGCUCUGCUGGCGCUAUGAUCCCAAGGACGAUUCCCUCCUUCAGUCAAACGCACGCAUUAUCCGCUGGGAGGACGGAUCUAUGACACUCCAGCUGGCGUCAGCUCCCAAAGAACAGUACAGGAUCGCAACGAAACCUCUUGCACCUCUCAACAAAGCGGGCGACUAUGAUACAAAACUGGACUCGCACGUGUAUCUUGGGGCAGUGUCCGAGACGUCGGGCGUGCUCAGGCUGACCUCUCAUCUGACACAUGGUCUUACCGUCUACCCAACGACCGUGGAAACCGACGACGCAGUACAGCGCCUACAGGAGUCAUUAGCUGCAGCUGCCCGCGGCGGGAAGAAGACAGUCGACGGAUCAGCACCCGUCAUUGAAGUUAAGGAAGACCCCGAGCUCGCCAAGCGACAAGCCGAGCUCGCGGAGCGGGAGAAACUCAAGGCGGCGCGCCGUCGCGAGCAACUUGCAGACAGGGAAAUGGACCGUGGCCGCCGAAUCGGCAUGUCCCACCGCACAGGCGGUGCUGGACUCACGGUUGGUGGAUUGGAGGAUGACGACUUGCUUACAACAAGACCCCGUGCGAAGAAGCCUCGGCGGCCCAACCGCAGAGGUGAGAUCUACACCGACGACGAAGAAGAAUACGGUGGGCGGGGUCGAACGAGAGAGGACGAAUACGAUGAAGACGACGGUUUUCUCGUCCGUAGCGACGAAGAGGUGGAACUUAUGGAUGACGAUGACGAGGAAGAGGAUAUUUUGGAGGACGAUGACGUGGAUGCGGAAGGGGAGGAGGAUGACCUCCCACCCGCAAGGUCUAGAGAGAAACGUGCUUCACCAGCAGCCGGAGCAGGAGAGCCUCCGGCGAGAAAGAAGAACCGCUAUGUCGUGGACGACGACGAUGAGGAGUAG